AUGUCGGCCUAUUCCAAUGACUAUUCCAAGUGGGACGCGCUGAGCGACUCCGACGACGACAAGCCGCAGGUGCUCCUGAAGCGCGCGGACCCGCGCAAGGCCGCCCACUUCGCCGCCCAGAGCGCCGCCGCGAACGGCCCCGAGCCGCCGCCGGCGAAGCGCUACUCGCUGGAGAUGGGCAACGACGGCCCCUGCGUCGUCGAGGGCGACGCACCGCCGCCGCCGGACCCCGACGCGCCCUUCGAGACGAAGAUGGCCUGGCAGAACACGCUGAGCCGCGCCUUCGUGCAGAUCGCGAUCCCCGAGGCGACGAAGAAGGGCGACGUCGCGGUCAACUUCUCCGACGAUUCCGUCGAGAUCGUCCUCGCGGGCAUGCGGCCCGUCGCGCUGCCCCACCCGGCGGUCAAGGUGCCCCUCUGCACCUGGGCCUUCAGCCGCAAGUGCUUCUACGGCUCGAAAUUCCCGCAGCUCUGCGUCCACUUCGAGCUCGAAAAGGCCGAGGACGCGCUCUGGCCCCAGAACACCUUCGGCGGCGGCACGGACGAGGUGCUGCCGGCCGAGGAGGAGAUCGAGGCCGCCUGGGCCGCGCCGACGGACGAGGCGGCGCCGCCCGCGCCCGCGGCCGGCGGCGGCGAGUGGACGGGCGAGUUCUCCUGGCGCCAGGACAACAAGAGCGUGCUCGUCUGGUUCGACGUCCCGGACGAGACGCGCGCCAAGGACCUCAUCGUCAAGUGCACGCCGACGACGCUCCGGGUCGAGCUCACGGUCGGCGCGACGACGGGCCGCUACGCGCGGACGCUCGCGGGUCCCGUGCUGCCUGAAGAGCUCAUCUGGGAGUUCGACGACGACGUGCCGGGCAAGAAGCGGCUCCGCGUCGAGCUCGCCAUGCGCACCCUCGCGUCCUGGGAGAACGGGCCCUUCCUGCCCGAGGCGGACACCGCGGGCAAGGGCCUCAGGCAGCACUCCUGGUCCGAGCCCAAGGGGGAGGCGUAA